GCCUGCUGAUCAGUCUCAAUUUGAAAGAAAUAAAAUACUCAUACGAGGGCUGAGUGAGAAAACUUUCCCGGACGGACUGGUGAACUUUAUCGAGGCAAGGAGUGGCGGGAAAGAGGUGAAGGACGUACAGAUGCUGAAGAAUGGAAAAGCCUUGGUCACCAUGGCUGAUGAAAUCAAAGAUUUCACAGAAAUAAAGACUAAAUGCGAGGAAAGAGGUCUAGAUGAUGCAAAGGUUUCCAUUCAACAAGUCCCGCUUUGCAAAAGCAUCCUUGUCACAGGCUUUUCAGGCAUUACGCAUGAUUUUAUUGAACUGUACUUUGAGAGUCCUCGAAACGGUGGGGGUCCUGUGGAGAAGGUUGACUAUGUUCCUAAAAGUGGUCGAGCUGUGGUUGUGUUUCAAGACGCCAAAGAUAUGGAAAGGGUGUUAACCAGACAUGAAAAGAAACCUCAUAAGUUUGACAAAACCCAGCUGUCAAUUAAAGCUUACCGAGAGUUUCUAGAAGACGAUGACGUUGAUGGAGCCGAGGAUUCCGGUGACAUAGAAGCUACUGCAACCGGGGUCAAUGAAUCUCGAGUGAGCCAGAAGACUAAGGAGACCCGAAAAGCUUACUUUAAGAAGAAAAUUUCAGAUGUUCCCGAGGAGCGCUUAAUUUUGCUGCAGAAGAUAAAAUUUGCCGAGAAACUCCAAGAAGAGAACAAGGAUUUGAAGAUCAAGUUUGAUACUGAAGGUGAAGAAAUAUAUUUCGAAGGUCUCCAGCCACAGUUAACUAGAGGAACCACGAAGUUCUAUCAACAAAUGGCUAAUAUGGUCGAGAAGAAACUGACUUUAUCUGACAACAUCCUGGAGAUUUUAGUCUCAGAUGAAGGGCUACAGACUGUCAAAUGUGAGUUGGAAAGAAACAACGUGGAAGCAGUGUUCGUUGUUGAGAAAGACGCUACUAUAGUGGGGUCCUCAGCAGCGCAUGCAGACAACGCGGCAAGGCUCGUGAACAAGUUGACGGUGGAAGAGAAAAUUCAAGUGGACGAGAAGAGCAAGCAUUUUUUGAAGUCAUCUAAAUGGCUGAAGUUUUGUGACGAGAUGAACAAAACGACUGCCCGUGUCCGUAGGAACAACUGGAACGAUGUAUACGUAGUUGGGUUUCGCGAUGACGUGACCGAAGUGAUAAAGAAGUUAAAUACCUUUCUUGAAAACAAUUGCAUUAGGGAAGAACGUUUUUUGUGCACGUCUGAUUUUAUGCGAAGGUAUCUUCUUGAGCUACGUCAAGAAGAUCUACACACCAUAGAAAAUCAACUAAAAGAUUUUGUAGUGAGUAUUAAAAAGGGAAAAGACGAUGAUGAUUUUAUUAUUUCUGGAAACAUAGAGGGUUUGAAUCGUGUGGGAGAGAAGCUCGACGCUCUGAUAGAUUCUACUGAGUUGAAAACCUUUGAAGUGAAACAGCCAGGCCUUCGAAAAUAUUUUGACAGUGGAAAAGGAGAUCAGCUUGUAAAAUCGGUGGAAAAAGAUCAAGAUUGUGCCAUAGAAGUCAAGAAAAAGUUAGGUGGAGGAGGAAGAGACGAGGAGUUGCGCCUCGAAACCGUAUCCGACGCUUCUACCUCUUCAGGCGACAGCGACGAUGAUGCUGAGGAUGACCACCCUACCAUCAAUGAAACUGACUCGUCUACCCUGGUAAUAGCUCAAAGGCACAGAGUGUCCUGGAAACCUGGAGACAUAGGGGCAGAGAAGGCUGAAGUACUUGUCAGUUCUCUAGGAGCAUGCGAUCAAGCAAUCAUUGAUGCCGGUGGUCCUCAGGCCGCAACCCCCAACGUUGGUGACAUCACUGUCUCAGGUGGUUUUUCCUCAGUCAGUCAUGUGAUUCACACUCAAUGUUGUAAGUGGAAAAACGGUGGAGGGGAGCCGACGCUAAGGGCCAUCGUUCAAAAGUGUCUGCAAACAGGUGAAACGCUUGGAGCCAACUCCAUUGCAUUUCCUGUCAUUGGAACUGGAAAACUACAAUUCCCACGUGAUACAGCGUCGAGAAUCAUGUUGGAAGAAACAGUCAAUUUCUGCCGAGCCAACCCUGAUUCUAAUUUACGGGACAUCCGAUUUGUUGUGUUUAACCAAGAUCAAGCAUUAACUGCCGCCUUCAAACAAGAGAUGGAAAAACUGCAACCCAAGCAAAUUGGCAACUCACAUUUGACAGUCGAUUUGGUAAAUGGUGAUUUGACUCAAGAGAACGGUACUGAUGCUAUCGUGAACAUUCUGAGCACGGACAUGAACAUGAAUAACGCCGGAGACCUAAGCAAAGCCAUAGCAAGACAGAGUGGUCCACUUGUGCAACAAGAAUGCAACAAAUUGGGAAAGCAGCCUCCUGGAACAGCGAUAAUGACCAGCGGAGGUAAUUUACAAGUACCUCAUAUUAUUCACAUCAUUCCAGGCUCCUCAGAUAAGCAACAUCUCCAGCAAUGUUUGGAGGAGGGUCUUCGUGUGGCGGAUGGCAAUAACUUUCAAGCGAUCUCAAUUCCGUGUGUUGGCACAGGAGGAUACGGCUUGAACGGAGCGGACUCAGCCCAACUGACGUUCAAAGCACUAAACGCAUUCAGCGCCCGCUGUAAAAAUAUUCAAAAAGUAAGAGUAGUUGUGUUCCAGGCCUCUAUGAUGCAGGAGUUUCUACAAGAGCAGAAACAACCAGUGCAAGAUAUUGAAGAAGACAGUGACUCAGAGAAUGCAGCGGCUAGGCAAACCAGAAGACGCGGACAUAGGCAGGCAAUAGGCCAAAGUGAUGAAUAUUCUGUAAGAAUUUCUGUGAUUGGCAAAGACAAGGUGGGCGUGGGAAAAGCCGUGGAAUCCUUGAAGAAAGGUUUCUCUGAAGCUUGUACAAUAAAAGAAGUCGAAUGUGACGUCGUCAGUCAGCUUUCCGAUAAGCAGAAGGAUAUCCUGAGAAAAAAGGCUAAAGACUGUGACGUCAAACUUGAAAUUGAGGGUGACGCAGAUCGCAUUGUCGUUUGUGGUGGACCAACCGAAGUGGCUGGAAUAGUCGGGGAGAUCUGGAAAGAGAUCAACGAGAGGAUGAAGAAGAAACAGGAGGAAGAACAAGCGAAGUUGCUUUCAAAGAACGUAGAGUGGAGCUAUGAGAUACAGGGCAUAAAAAUAGAGUUUGCUCCGAAAGCAAAUGCCAAGAUUGAGUUGGCCCACAGCAGAGAUGAGCACACAGUGCAAGUUUCUCUACGCGCAGAAAAGUUUGUCAUCGACUUGAAGGGAAACUCUGGACGUGGACAAACGUCUGGUGAACAAAUAACACUGACAAGAAAGGUGAAGGGUGCUGAUGAAGGAAUUCCUCUACCAAAGCACUGGGCACCAAUGCCCGAGCAUGACUCUACAGUACAUAAAGUAAAAUUGCACCCCGGCUCCCCUGAGUAUCAAGAUGUCGUAGGUAAGUUUCAAGCUACAGCCGGUGCGUUAAAAGUUCAGAAGAUUGAACGCAUACAGAAUCCUCAUCUGUAUCAGUCUUACAUGGUAAGAAAACAGAAAAUGGAUAAAGAUAUUGGAGGAAAUUAUGAAAGAGAGCUGUUUCAUGGGACGGAUGCUAAAAAUAUCAACCAUAUCAACACACAAGGAUUCAACAGGAGCCUCUGUGGGGCUAAUGGCACGGUCUAUGGACGCGGUGUUUAUUUUGCUAGAGACGCUCAAUACUCUGUUGGAUUCGCUGGGGUUGGUGGUCAUGGAGGUCGCCACAUGUACCUUGCCAAGGUCCUCGUGGGGCAGUAUUGUGUUGGAGAUUCUUCAAUGUUUGUGCCUCCACCGAAAAAUCCAUCAAAACCUGAAAUUCUUUACGAUUCUGUGGUAGAUGACCAAUCAAGCCCCAGCAAAUUUGUUGUUUUCUUUGAUAAUCAGUGUUACCCUGAAUACCUUAUAACCUUUUGAAGACCACAUGGACCUUUACUCAGAAAACAACAGAGUCAAAGGCCAAAAAGGCUUGAAAUGCUUUAUAGUUUAACUUAGUUUAUCAGCUAAUAGUAUAUAAAUUGCAGAAAAUCGUUAUCCUUCGCAGUAGGGAACAUCAUAUAAAUGUUGGUAAUAGUUUCUCGAUAGCAUUCUUUGCUGUCCUAAAUAAAGGCUUAUUCUUCAUCCUAUAAAUUGAAUCGUUGUCCCGUUUUCCCGCUUGGAAAAGCAAAGAGUUCUGCUGUUCUACAUUUAAGUUGUCAUAACGGUAUUUUCUUUUUUAUCGCCAGAUUGACAAAUAAUAUAUUUUUUUGCAUCAAUUUUCUACCCAAGAAAACUGGCGAAAGUAGAGAAUUUCGAAAAACAUGCGUACCUUUUUGCUGCGCUUGAUGAGAAAUGACAGUGAAGUCGCUACAAUUACAGUUGAUUUAUGGUGUAAAAGAUUCACUGGAAAGAUUCACUGGAAAUUCACUGGAAAGAGUUCUACUGUUCUCCAGUUAAGUUUUCAUAACGGUAUUUUCUUUUUUACCGCCAGAUUAACAAACAAUAUUUUGUUGCAUCAGUUUUCUACCCAAAAUAAAACUUCCGAAAGUAGUGAAUUUCGAAAAACAUGCGUACCUUUUCGCUGCGCUUAAUGAGAAAUGACAGUGAAGUCGCUAUGAUGACUUUUGAUUUAUGGAGUAAAAGAUUCACUGGAAAGAAACCUAUACUAGAGAAGCAUUUAUUAUUUAGUUGGCAGCCAAAAGCUUGGUCAGAAUUGUGGUGUAGUAUUACCUACGUUUAGGUUUCACGAACAGGUUUAUUUACUGAAAUAAAAUAG